CGUGGAGAUUCUGCAGAGGCUGUUGUGUGGCAGUUGGACAAACCGACGUAGUGUGCCACGGAAGCUAAACCCUGUAGGACCGUCGUGAAGAAGACUUUGUAAUGAAUAGGAUACGAAUCCACGUGUUACCUUCAAGUCGGAACCGGGUGACCCAGACUCCUCGUCCCCAGGAGCCCCAGGCCUGCUCCUUCACACAGCGACCAUGCUCUCAGCCUCGCCUGGAGGGCCUGGACUUCUGCGUCAAACACAUCCUGGAGGAUAAGAACUCUCCGUACAAGCAGUGCAGCUAUGUCUCAGCAAAGAACGGCAAGCGCUGCCCCAACGCUGCACCAAAAGUCGAGAGGAAAGACGGAGUGACGUUCUGCACAGAGCAUGCUCGCAGGAACGCCAUGGCCCUUCGAGCUCAGAUGAGAAAGGCGUCUUCUGGUCCUUCCCCAGAGUCUCUGUUGUCUCAGCUCAGUGGAUACAACCGUGCAGAGACUCACAGCGCUGACGGGGGCCGUUCUGAAGCUAGCCGGAUUCUAGAUGAGGACAGUCUGAGUGAGGAGGAGCAGGGUCCUUUGGUACUAGACCAAACAUGGAGAGGAGACCCUGACAGUGAAGCAGACAGCGUUGACAGUGACCACGACGAUCCUCUGAAACAUGCAGGUGUAUACACAGCCGAGGAAGUGGCACUUAUUACUCGAGAAAAGCUCAUCCGGCUCCAGUCCCUCUACAUCGACCAGUUCAAACGUCUGCAGCACCUGCUUAAGGAGAAAAAGCGCAGAUACCUUCACAACCGCAAGGUGGAGCAUGAAACUCUAGGGAGCAGUCUGCUGACGGGGCCUGAAGGUCUGUCCAUGAAGGAGAGGGAGAACCUGAAGAAGCUCAAAGCUCUGCGCCGAUACCGUCGUCGGUACGGCGUGGAAGCCCUGCUGCACCGGCGCCUCAGGGAGAGGAGGCAGGCGGUGACAGAAGGAGCUCUUCAGACACAUUCGAGAACAGUGCAUGAGAAGUGCACCUCCUUUGUGGAGGGAUCCCGAUGUACCAACCCCUGCCUGCCCAUGACCCGGCACUGCGUCUCACACAUCUUCCAGGACAGCAACCAGGUGCUCUUCCAGAUGUGUCCGGGCCUGAAAGAUGUCCCGUGUGGACGCACAGUGCACAUGGGACAGUCUGAGGACCCCCGCUGCCCACUGCACCUCACCCUGCCGCCCCCCAUGUUCCAGCCCGAGCAGGAGCCCCCCCCACAGGAGCCCAUCACCACCGCAAGCAGAGACAUGUACCUGAGUGCAGCAGAGCUUCAGCCCACAGAAAGCAUGCCCCUAGAGUUCAGUGAUGACCUGGAUGUGGAAGGGGACGGGAUGCAGGGUCCGCCCUCCCCCCUACAGUUUGACACAGCCCUGGCCCUGGAGGACCACACCAUCAGAGCCAUCGCUGAGGCCCCCAUGGACAUCCUGAUGGGAGGAGACCUGGACCAGGCGGACCUGGACGCCUCGGGACACGAGCUCUCAGAGAGAGACAUGGCUGCCAUCAUGCAUGAGCAGGUGGUGUCAGAGGUUGGAGGGGAAGAAGAGGAAGACACUGCAGAUUAUUCACUUCAAUGUACUGCAGCCGAAGCUCCAUCUGAUGCAGCGUCUCUUUAAAGAACAAUUUCACUUCCACAAACGCUGAUGAUGAG